UAACUAGAUUACCGGAACAUCCCCAUACCAUAAAAAAAAAACCCCACCAUGGCUUCGUUAUCCUUGCUCCCCUCUCCUUCCUCCUCCUCCUCCUCCUCCUCUCUUUCCUCCCUCCACCACACCACCCGUUCCUCAUCCCGCCUCACCCUACGCACCCCGUCCCUUAACCUCCGCACCCGCACCAAAAUCUCCUCCAUCAAAGCCCAAUCCGCUCCAGUCCUCACCCAGGACGACCUUAAAAAACUUGCUGCCGACAAAGCCGUAGAGUAUGUCAAAUCCGGCAUGGUCCUCGGCCUUGGUACCGGCUCCACCGCCGCCUUCGUGGUAGCCAAACUCGGCGAGCUCUUAAAGACCGGGGAACUGAAAGACAUCAUUGGAGUCCCAACUUCUAAACGCACAGAAGAACAAGCUCGUUCUCUUAACAUUCCCCUUUCGGUCCUGGAUGACCAUCCCCACAUUGAUCUUGCCAUUGAUGGAGCUGAUGAGGUAGACCCACUUCUUAAUUUAGUAAAGGGUCGGGGUGGAGCCCUUUUGAGAGAGAAAAUGGUUGAAGCUGCAUCGGAUGAGUUUGUUGUUGUCGCUGAUGACACUAAGCUUGUGGAUGGUCUUGGUGGAAGUAAGCUGGCAAUGCCAGUUGAAGUAGUGCAAUUUUGUUGGAAAUAUAACUUGUUGAGGUUACAAGAAAUGUUUAAAGAUGAAGGGGUUGAGGCUAAAUUGAGAGCUGGUGAAGAUGGGAAGCCUUAUGUGACCGAUAAUUUUAACUAUAUUGUUGAUUUGUACUUUGAGAAUCCCAUUAAAGAUGGGUAUGCCGCGGGGAAGGAGAUUUCGGGGCUUGAAGGUGUCGUGGAACAUGGUUUGUUUUUGGAUAUGGCGACCGCGGUUAUUAUUGCUGGGAAGACAGGAGUUGAGGUUAAAAGCAAGUGAGGAUUUCUAAUCUUUAUGUUAUUUGAUGCUUUGUUACAUUGACAUUGGUGUUGUUCAUUAUUUUUGUUGCGGUGAAUUUGAGCUCUUGGGACUCUUAGUUGGAUAAUUUUGUUGCUUUGCUCAUUAGUAUAGGAAUGGAAAUGGGAAAUGAUCAAAAUGAAUGAAUUGGUUUCAUGGGUAUAUCAUUCAUGGAAUGCUUAAUGCCACCUCGUUUUGAUAUUGGGAUGAAUAAAUGGAUGGCUUGUCAUGUUGCUUCC